AUGACUUCACAGAGGGGCUCGUUGAGCCCCACAUUGGCCGCCUUUCGUAGCGAGCAUGCACACUCAUCAGACUCGUCGACAGCUACCCAUCAUCUCGACACCGACGCGAAGAGUCGCGCAGCAGAAGAUGCUUCUCCCAUCGACGCUGCGCUAUUGCUGGCCUCGCUGGCAGCUCAACGAGCCAGCAGAGGAUCGAACCCUUAUCGCAGCAUUCCAAGACGCUUUGCGCCCGCCAGCGUUUCUCGUAGCAGAAGCAGAAGCUCGAGUCGCAAAGCGACGCGGCAAAACCUCGAGCACGAGAGGUCCACAUUGUCGUCUGCAACGCGGCGCGAACAAGGGCCACCUCACGCAGAGUCGUCGCGCGAUGGGGCUAGAAGAUGGGGCUUGUCGGACUCUGCAGACGAGUCGGAUGCUUCGGACGACUCUUCCAGGACAGCUGCUGCUGCUGCCGUCAGGUACGCCAUGGGAGGUGGCAGCGUGGACUUGAGCAGGGAAGAGGCGCAAAAUAGACCUCGCGCCAACACGUUGAGGCCACCGAGUCCUGCGAGUAAAGGCAAAGGCCGAGCAGAACCUGUGCCCAUCACCCCGACACUGUUGCGCUCUGCGCGCUCCACAGCGCACCUGGCGCGCACGGCAUCCUCAACGCAGCUAUGUAUGCUCAAUGCAGAGGCUACCUCUCUCCGCGCAAGUCGCGACGCUUCGCCGAUCGGAGAGCGAGAACGAAGUCGAGACGCGCUGUCCGUCUCGCCGCCUUGGAUCAGACCCAACAGUCCUCAGACAGCGUCUGGUGAUGCGAUUUCGGGUCGAGGACGGCCUAGCGCCAGCGCUCCCGGCGUCCAAACGGCUCGCUUGCCACCUUCGUUGGCCGCGAUCAGCCGUGGUCGAAGCGAUCACGUCUCACCUUCUCGGCUCGGAAGGCGGGGCACCAGCGCCAGCGUCCUUUCCACGACGGGGCCGCAAGACGACUCUACGGCAGCUGGGUCAGGCAGCAAGCUUGUGCGCAAGCAUAGCCUCUUGAACAGACCCACCAGCCGCACGUCGAUCGAUCUCGAGGGUGCUCUGUUUGGAGAUGAAGAGGAUGUGCACCUGACUUUCUCCUCGUGCGAGUCGGGAGAAUCGGAUGUGGAGGACGCUACCGCCUCUUCCCCGCCCAACUCUCGCUUCAACAGUCGAGGUCGCAGCUCCAGACGCAGCAGCGGGGCUUCUAGGGAUCGCAAACGAGGCUUGAGGGUGCUCUUGCAACCCAUUACGGACAUUGACCGUACGCCAGAAGAUGCUAGCACCGAGCAACAACCGUCUUCAUCCUGUGCUACUUCGUUGGGUACGAGCGGCAGCGCUGGCUCCGAGCACGAUCGGCGUAGCAGCCACAGCGUGGCUAGCAGUCGUAGUAGCAGCUGCGAUCACCUGCUCGAGUUCCGCGCACAGAGGGCCGCAACGCCUCGAAAGGAUGCGGUGCUGGCUGGCGACGUGAUGCCUUGCGAUGCCACUGGAUUGAGCACGGCGCCACCUGCUUCGCGGCCGAUCGCUACGCUCACGCGGCAACGCAGCAGCAGAAGAGCAGCGACGCUCUCGCGCGCUUCGUCGCUAGCUCGAUCGAAUUCCGGUCGCAGUCGCGCGACGCAGAGCCUGGCUAGGAUCGUGCUCGAUGAUCAGCGCAACAGCAGCAGCAGACGAGGGCGCUCUUCUAGCCGUGCUCGACACGGCGAGCGCGCGAUCGAGGAGAUGAUGCGGGAUGCUAGCAGCAUCGAAGGCGGGCUUGGUGCGCUCACACAGCCGGCAGUGCGCGUCGAAGCUGAAGAUGGCGAUCCUUUGCUCUGUCCUAGCACAGUCAGCAUUGCUGAUCUGGUCAGCGUGCCUGCGGUGGAGUGGGACUCGGAUAGCGAUCGGCGACAGUCGAUUUCGUCUGUGCGAAGCGAAGGAGCGUCUGGCGAACAAGAGGCUGCGCGCAGAAGCGGCUUUGCGGCAGCUUAUUCUGAGCGCAUCGCUUCGAUCGGAAGUCACUUUAAGCUUUGGUCGCGCCAUGGUCAGCAAGACGAGCAGAGCGGUACGAUCCCGCAGCAGCAGCAGAAUGUCGUGGCGCGCACUACCGACUCGAUGCCCGUCGCCGCACCUCAGAGGUUGCGGACGACAAGCGGACGGCCACAGGUGGGCGUGGCGCACGAGAAUGCGAGUGCGAGUGCGAGCGCGAGCACGGAUUCCAGCUUGUUUUCAGCAUCUUGGCGCACGCUCUCGCGCUUGCCAAAUCUGCUGCUACUUCCGACAUUGGCCACAAGGAGCGCCUCGCCUCCUUCUGCUGUAGUCGGCGCGUCUCAGCCGACGUCUGCCGCCACAUCUCUCAGUCCGCACGACGCUGCUGCACAACUCGCCAUCGCGCCUUGCCCAUUGGCGCCCAAGGCGGAGCUGCCGCCCUCGCCCGACGCUGCAUCGAGCGAGUCCCUGGGCGAGGCGCGAGACGGUGCGCAACAAGCGUCGCCAAAGAUGGGACGAGGCGUCGUUUCGCCACUGGAGGGUGACCGCGAUGCUGGCGCCUACGUGAGCGGCUUGGGCGCACCGAUCGACCCGGACAUUGAGCUCUCCUCGGUCGUUCAGCUGCAGACUUUUCGCUCGAGAUCUCGCUCUGCCAGCAGGAGUCGUGGCUACGCGGCUCAUCGCAUGCCCCACCUCUCGCGCCCGCCGAGCAGUCCAGAUCAAUCGAGCGCCAGUCGUCGUACGAGCGCUUCGCGCGCUCGUACCAGAGUCAGCAUCUCUGAAAGCGCUUCCUCGCCCGAUCUCAGUCCGGCUGCGUCGCCAUCGCUUCACAAACGCGAAUCGGAGGCGGGCAUAGCGCCCCUCACCCUUCCAGAGCCGACGUUGGCGCUGAGAAAUGCGGAUGCGAUGCGAGCAGUCUCUGCGCCGACGUCUCCUAGAGGCAGGCGAGCGCGCCACGAAAGUAGAGGACGUUUGGAGACGCAGCAGCGAGAUGAUGACGAGGAUGAGGAUGGCGAUGGCUUUCGAUUGGUACAUCGACGCGGAAGACGAGCGAGGCGCAGAGCGAGCGUGGGUAGGUCAGAGGUGGAGGCGGAGGAGGCGAAAGCGAGCCCAAAGUGCUCUCGACCUGCCGUGCAGGCUCCCGUGCCAGAGACUUUUAGCGCCUACGCUUCUUCCGCUUCCCACUCGGCAUCGGAAGACGAGCGAUCUUCGGCGUCCGAGACGGAGCGGCACGGGUGCAAAGACGUCGCGAGAUCGACGCGCGAUGAGGAAGUCGAAGAGCGCGGAAGGAGGUCGAGAUCGGGCAGGGGUCGACGUCGCUCUACCAGUCCUUCGGGUGCGCGUCAGAACGCGGUAGGAUUAUUCUCCUUGCCUGCGAGCGGAAAGAGUCGACGAUCGCUGCAACAGCAGCAGCAGCAGCAGGAGCGACUUGAGAGAUCGACGGCAUUUCACGGCAGCAUAAGCACAUUGCCUCGCGUUAGGAGUUCUCCGAACCUCAGCUAUGCAGCGGCUGCUGCUCAUGCUGCUCAUCAUCUGCGGCAGGCGGCCCAAGCUGCCACCUCGGCUAGUCCUCCAGUGACGCUGCCAGGCGCUCCCAUCGUCGCUCCUGCGCUUGCGCCAUUCGACGAUCGAGGCCGCACAGGCUCGGUAAAGGUUGUCAGCGUCAGCGCGGAAACGUCGACCAUCGAUGCGCUGGCGACGGAUGAGCCCAGCAUCACGACUGCGCCUCGAGACUUGUCGGACGAGAUCGGCAUGGCCAGCGAAGAUGCCAUGCAGCCAGACGCUAUCCUGUGCGCGUCCGAGACGUCUGAAGCUGCUUCUAACAGCACAAUCCCCGUACCGACGACCAUUGCGCUCAGACCUUGCAUGGUCUCCAACGGCGCUCACCUGCUCAUGCUUUCGCUAGAAUUGGAAAUGAUGCGCGCAAGGAAAAUCAGCGCGAGCUUGAAGCCCAGGUGGCUGAAAGCUAGGAUGAGAGAGGUGCGAAUUUGGGAUGCGUCGGUCGCAGGCUCGCUUGGCGCUGAAGAAGGUCGCACUAGCGGCUCACCAGCCAUGCCUCUGGAGCAAGAUCAGGCGAGCGGCGCCGGCGUCAGCAACGCCAGCAACGCCAGCAGCAGAGGCACGCAAAUGCCCGCUCCUCCCCUCGCUUCCUUUCGAUCCGUCGACAGGCCGCAGAGUCCUCUGCGCCAUGAAGUUACGUAA